CAAUGAGCGACUAGGACGGUGCCCGUUUCAAACUUGCCGCCGUACCUGUACUCUCGCGGCCCAUCGAGACAGGUAGCGGGGAACGGAGAGGUGUCUUGGAAUGCGGUGGGGGCCGUAGCACUCACCACCAGCUCAAUUCUCAGUUCAUCUCGAGAACCGACAGCGAGAGUACGCCGCGAGUACCUGCGUCCGCGAAAGUCAACCUUGUUUUUGUGGUGAACCGAAAACUUGCUCCCUAAUAACUCGUACAAUCUGGAUUACAUUGGAAUAGUGGUACUACUAGUUCGUAUAUGUGUGUGUUGCUAAUGUUGUGCUUUUUUGGAUUACUCUUUAUCAACAGUCUCUAAGAAGAUAUUUCACUCACAGGAUGUGCGAGCGAUAACGAAGAUGAUUUCGACGAUGGCGGUAGUGUGGCUGGCCAACCUGCUCAUCCUGGCAGCGGCGGCAGACGAAUACGUCCGCGACUUGGAAGUGUCAGAAGGAGCUCCCGUGGGAACGAGGAUAGGCUUCAUCGGCGACGGGGCGUCCCCGAACAGCGGUCCGCCGUAUCUGAUCGUGCCCGUGGGAAGUGCCGUCGAGACGGAUCUCUCCAUCGACCAAAACACCGGCGAAAUUCGGACUAAAGUGCCUCUGGAUAGGGAGACCCGCGCGAGCUACCACUUGGUGGCCAUACCGAUGAGUGGGGAUAAUGUCAAAGUGAUUGUUAAGGUUCUGGAUGAAAACGACAAUGCUCCAACCUUUCCGAUGGCUGUUAUGAACAUUGAGUUUCCAGAAAAUACACCUAGAGACGUCAAGAGGACCUUACACCCUGCUAGAGAUCUGGAUCUUGACAUCUACAACACGCAAAAGUACAAUAUAAUAUCUGGAAACAUAAAUAACGCAUUUAGAUUGUCUUCCCACAGAGAACGUGAUGGUGUAUUGUACUUAGAUCUCCAGAUCAAUGGGUUCUUAGACAGAGAAACCACUGCAGAUUACAGUCUAGUCAUUGAAGCUUUGGACGGAGGUACUCCUCCUUUAAGGGGAGAAAUGAUUGUGAAUAUAACGAUUCAGGAUGUCAAUGAUAAUCCACCUGUAUUUAACCAAAGCAGGUAUUUUGCUACCAUCCAGGAAAAUGCAACAGUUGGAACAAACGUCUUGAGAGUAACAGCUACAGAUGCAGACUCUGAAGAAAACGGCCAAGUUGAAUAUUCCAUAAACAGAAGACAAAGUGACAAAGAUAACAUGUUUCGCAUUGAAUCCUCCACUGGCCUCAUAUCAGUUAAUAAACCUUUAGAUUUUGAAAUCAAAGAAUUACACGAGUUGGUAAUAGUAGCAAGAGAUCAUGGUUUGCAGCCUUUAGAAGCUACAGCGUUUGUUUCUAUAAAAGUGACAGAUGUUAACGACAAUCAACCAACCAUAAAUGUGAUAUUUUUAAGCGACGAUGCUACUCCGAAGAUAAGUGAAUCUGCGCAACCUGGAGAAUUUGUAGCCAGAAUAAGCGUGCAUGAUCCAGAUUCAAAAACUGAUUACUCCAAUGUGAAUGUAACACUUUCUGGAGGAGAUGGCCACUUUGGUCUUACUACCAGAGACAACAUUAUAUAUCUGGUGAUUGUUUCUUUACCGCUGGACAGAGAGCUGAAGCCUAACUAUACUUUGAACGUAGAAGCAACAGAUAACGGGAAUCCUCCUUUGCACGCCACAAGGACCAUAGAUCUUGAGGUGACUGAUAUCAACGAUAACGCUCCUGAGUUUGACCACGCUGUUUACCACGCAAACGUUAUGGAAGUUUCUGAUCCGGGUACGUCCGUUCUUCAAGUGCUUGCCAUCGACAAAGAUGAAGGAAACAAUAGUGCGAUCAGUUAUUCUCUUUUGGAUACUCCGGAUACCCAUUCGGGAUGGUUCCGUAUCGAUUCUCGAAGUGGUUUGGUAACUACGCGCGUUCACGUGGAUUGUGAAACUGAUCCAGUGCCAAAAUUGACGGUGGUGGCUACCGAUAACGGGUUUCCUCCGUUGUCUUCGUCAGCUACAGUGUUAGUGACUAUUCAUGAUGUCAACGACAACGAGCCGAUCUUCGACCAGAGCUUCUACAACGUGUCAGUGGCGGAGAAUGAGCCGAAAGGACGAUGUAUUUUAAAGAAAGCAGACCACAACACACAACCUGUGCACAAGAAGGAAGCAAAAAACAUCAGAUUGCUGUAUCCCAUAAACGGGGAUAAAUGGACAGUUUUCCAUAGAAGCACUAGUCCAACAAAUGGCGCAAUUACAGGACAUGCUCACUCAGAUGAAUCAAAUUCUGAAUAG